AUGAAGAAAAGGCACCGGGCACUAAUCGGAUUUUUCCUUCUUGUCAUAGCCGCCAUUGAAAUACGGAAUCUCUACGAUUCAUUGCGUGGUAGUAGUAGUAGUAAUGGUACAGAGGAAAAAACGAAAGAUGAUCUAGAAGCCUUGGAGCAAAGGGACCAGCAUAGGGUUCAGCCCAAACCCUUGCUGAAUGAAGAAGAUCAAAAUAAACAGUCAAACAAUAAGGAAGCACGGUCAAACCCAGAGAAAACCAAUCUGCAACUGAAGAGGAAAACCGUUUUACUUUGGAACUGGGAAUGGUUACCAGAUAUUGGUGAACCUCUAGACACCGUUUUGGAACGCUCAAAUUGUCCUCAUCAUCAUCUCUGCAAGCUAACAAAAGACAAACGUUUGGUCAACAUUAGCGACGCUUUGAUUUUUCACAGGUCGUUAGGGCCAAAUCCCCCACUGGCUUUCCGUCGACCAGAACAGAGAUGGAUUUGGGCUGAAGGUGAACCCCCCUGUUUUGGUCCCAUGCCUGAUACUGGGGAACCCUACAACUGGACAUUGACCUACAGGCUAGAAUCUGAUUUAUACGGACCCUACUCCCAAAUCUAUCGUCGGGAGAAACCGUUGCAGAAAGACUACAUGUCAAUUGUUAAAGCGAAAACGGGCUUGGUCGCAUGGAUGGUGUCCCAUUGCCCAACCCCUUCGCGUCGUAUGGAUUAUGUGAAGGAAUUACAGAAGUACAUUGACAUUGACAUCUAUGGGCGCUGUGGACCAGGAAAAGUCAAAUGCUUGAAAGAACCCGGAAAGAUUAUGGGCUAUGAGGAGCAAUGUUUGAGAAAAUUGGAAAAUUAUAAAUUCUACUUGUCCUUUGAGAACAGUCUUGCAGUUGAUUAUGUUACAGAAAAGUUCUUUAAGACGGUCAACAUUGACGUAGUGGCUGUGGUGCGUUCCGGGGCCAACAUGACUCGCCUUGGGUUCCACAAAGAUUGGUACAUUAACACUGCGGAUUUCUCCAGUCCAAAGGAACUUGCUGAUUAUCUUAAAAAACUAGAUGCCAACGACGAUUUAUACGUGAAAUACUUGGAGUGGAAAAACUAUUACUAUAGUGCUAUGUCUACAACAUUGUGCCGUCUUUGUGAGCGGCUUCUUUACCACGACGACCCUCCUAAGACAUAUACCAAAGAUGACAUUCGUCGAUUUUUCUACACUGGCAAUUGCUUUAAACCAAAUGACAUUGUGCGAUAA